CUUCUUAGUGCUGUUUGUUCUUUAAUCUGAGACCUUCACAGAACAUCUUUUAUGCUGAGAUGUGAACUCUACUCACUAUUGAUACUGAUAUAAAAGAAGUGGCAAUAACAGUUGAAUCAUGAAAACUUUUUCUUUUACGUAUUAUUAUAAGGGAUUUUUUUGUUUGCAGGAGACCCUGUCAUUCAUCUUUGUCCAUCUGGUCAUUACUGUGACGGUCUGCCCGGCAGUGACUUCAGUGGCGCCAGCGGACCCCGGCCGUGUCCCAUAUUUACUUACCGGGCUUCCCCAGGAGCGGGCAGCAAGGGUGACUGCCUGCCCUGUCCUCCUGGCACACACUGUAACAGCACAGGACUCACGGAGUAUACCAGCAGUCCCUGCCCACCUGGCUUCUGGUGCAGUGGGACUGGACCCCCCAUCUUCUGCCCACCAGGGACCAAGAGGCAGCUUCCUGGAGCUGCCGCACCCAACCAGUGUGAACCCUGUGCAGGGGGAACCUUCUGCCCAGACCCUCGCAUUUCAGGAAAGCCCAACGUGGAAGGAAUCCUCUGCAGGGCCUCCUAUCAAUGUCCCGUCGGUAGGAGUCUUAGUAAAUAUUUACUUUCUAAACUCAUCCAGACGAGGUCCUGCUGCUUUGAUGAGGUUUGUUGACUGCACUCCAGGGGCAGCUUCAGAGAAGUUAUGCAGAGCUGGCUCAUACUGUGGACCUCAGACCGCUGAGCCUCAAGUGUGUCCAGAAGGAUAUAUUUGCCCCGAAGGAUCAUAUUCUUAUGACAGCCCUAAACAACAAUGUCCAUUUCCCUACUACUGCCCUGCCAACAGCUCUGCCAUGAAAUCCUGCGCUGGAGGAUCCAUGCCUGUCAGCACGAACGGUCUCAGAGGAUCAAACAACAGCAGCUGUAGCUUGUGUGAAGAGGGCACUUAUCGUCCACACCUUUCCCCGAGUCUUCAGUGCCUGCCAUGUCUACCAGGAUACUACUGCCCCCAAGGCACAGAGAACUACAAGAGUAAUCCCUGCCCUCGCGGCUAUGUCUGUGGGAAGGGAUCCGCCCAGCCGAGGUCCUGCCCACCUGGCACUUUUGGUAACCUUACUCGUGCAGAGAAAAUGGACGACUGUCACCCUUGUCCAGCCGACACCUUUAACCACCUUCCUGCCCAGAAGGCCUGCUUCCCAUGUGGGAGUUCCUCCACCUCUCCACCCGGUUCCUCCUCGUGUACCUGCAUCGGGAAGAACCGGGCUUUCCAGUAUUCAGAUGGAUCAUGUUUGUGCAGAACUGGUUUCAUCUACUACAACGAGCUGGACUUUAGAAGUUCUGCUUCUGAUAGCGAACUGGACUGCCAGCCUGAGGUGAACAGGCGGUGCAGCACAGGAGAAGUACGAGUCGCAGCGUCCAGAGAGUGUGUCUCGCCGUCCCUCCACUCCUGUAACAUAACCUGUGGAUCGCAUGGAGGGAUUCUGGAUAUGGAGAUGGGCAUCUGUCUGUGCGAGCGAUACGUGUCUGCAGAGGAGAUUUGCAAUACUUCCUGCCUCUUCAGGCUGCCUCAGCUGUCUGCCCAGCUCACCACGGAUGGAGACUUGCAACUCAGCCUUAGAGAAAGAAACAGCCGGGUCUGGGCAAGGACAGUAACAAAUGUUUUAGGCCCAGAUAUCCAUGUACAAACAUCUGGAAACGUACAUUUGGUGCAGUUUUCCUCUGAAGGACUCUUUGGUUGGAUCCCCAUUCAAAAAGAUCUGGUCAAUAUUUUCCUUUCAGAACCAAUAGAUAUCCUAAAUACACGACCUAGAAAAAGGAGGCAGACUGAAGAAGAAGUUGAUGAUGAUGAUGAUGAUGAUUAUGAUGAUACUGAUGUCCUUCCUCGAAUCCCAAACCCCAUCGCCUGCCUUUCCUCGGGUGACAUGCUCGUUUUUCAUCUCACCAUCAACCACACUGACCGCCGUCUCAGCCACUUCCCGGUGUACCAGAAGGACCACCUGUUUAACAGUAACCCGAGCUGGGACUUUGGAGCCUUCAGACAUCUGCAGAUCCUGAUGAAGCAAACACAUUUCAACUCUUCAAUGUUUGCCCAUGUUUUUUCAGAAGCAGGAAAGUAUGUGUUUGUGGACAGUGUUGUCUCUCAGUGGAGUUUAGUCGUGGUGGUCAGUGAGGCGGGGACAGAAUGUGACCCCAGGGCUGCCGCGUUUCAACCUAUGACUCCAGCCCUCCUGGUCAAGCAUGGGAUCGUAAAACAACACCGACUCAACCUUCUGCCUGACUGGGGGCUCAUCGCUGGGAUCCUGAGUCUGCUGUUGGUGCUGGUUGUCGUCCUGACCACAACCGUGCUGGUUCUGCGACCCAGCAAAGCAAAGCUCGUCCCCCAUUGGAAGAUAAGACCGAAGUGGCGCAGCCUCGGAGAGCCCUUUUGUCCUGCCGAGUGCGUUUGCAGCAGAGAAAGCACAACUGUCCAGAGUCAAGGAGGCAUUCUUGGGAGCCGAGGUGUAGGCGAGGGAGCAGAAGCCGAGGAGCCUGCGGUGUUAAAAGGAGGAAGUGUUUCAGGCUGCUGUGAUCUGGAGGAGUUCAAUGUAAAGACUCUUUAUGACAAAUUAGAGGACCAGAACCUCCACGUCGCCGCCCAGUUGGCCAGACAUCGCAAAGACAUGCAGGAAUUUUAUCGGAACAUCUGCCAACAGGCUGAAUCGUUGAAGGUGUUCUAG